CUUUUAGGUAGAGCCCUAAACUCUGAGGAGCAAUGCUGUUGUCUCAAGCAUUUCCCUCGAAUCCUCUCUACCAGGAGCUAUUCCUGCCAAGAACCAAGCACAAGCGAUCGUCGAUGAUCAUCCAAGCCGGGGGAUGGACGGGCAAAUCAUCCGGCGAGCCCGGCAAGAAUCGCAAAUCCUGGAAGCGCGCAACGGAGAAGUACAUGAGGCCCUUCUCGAUCGAUGUCUACAUCUCCUCGCGCUACGUGAACGCCAAGAUCGUCCACCGCGUGACGAGCAAGACGGUGGCCGUGGCGACGACCAACGCCAAGGAUCUGAGAGCUUCGCUGCCAUCGCUCACCAGCGCCAGCGCCUGCGAGGUGAUCGGCAAGCUCAUCGCGGAGAGGGCAAUGGAGGCGGAUGUGUACGCUGUGACGUAUGUGCCCAGGAAGAACGAGAGGCUGCAAGAGAAGCUUGAGAUCGUGCUGAACACUGUCAAGGAGAAUGGCGUCGCUGUGCUAUGAUCGCGAGUGCCGCUGGAGAUUUGCCCGUGGAUGCCUGGAAUCGAUCGAUCGAUAGGAAGAACAGGAGAUUCCCAGACCGGGCAUCUUGCCAUGUGAUGAUUUGGGGGUAAAGGAGAGAGCCGAUGCUUUCUGGAAAGAAGUGAUGGAUGAUUUUGAGAUUCAUGGAGAGAGAGAAUGGCCAACGAUGUGUUGAUCGUCCUCGUCGCCUGGAUGCCGCGAUUGGGGAUUCCUUUUUGCGAAGACCAAGAAGCGCUCAAUUCCUGCA